UAGAGAGAGAGAGAGGGCCACGCCACGCAGCAUACGCGGAGAGAAAGAAACAAAGAAAAGAAACCCAAACCUCUCUCAAAAAUCAAAACCAAAACCAAAAGCAGAACAACACAACACAACCAAACCCAUUUGGAUCCUCUCUUCGAUCUCGCAUACCCUUUUCGUUUUAUCGACACUUAUCUCCACAAAGAGAAAGAGAGAGAGAAAGAGAGGAUCUUUUUGAGUGAAUUUGCGUGUGGUGUUGUUGUUAUUGUGUGGUCACCGAUGGCAGCACCACCUGCGAGGGCACGUGCCGAUUACGAUUACCUCAUCAAGCUUCUUCUUAUUGGCGACAGCGGUGUGGGGAAAAGUUGUCUGCUUUUGCGUUUUUCUGAUGGUUCCUUCACGACCAGCUUUAUCACCACCAUUGGCAUUGAUUUUAAGAUAAGAACCAUUGAACUUGAUGGCAAACGCAUUAAGUUACAAAUCUGGGAUACAGCUGGUCAGGAACGAUUUCGAACUAUUACCACAGCUUAUUACCGUGGAGCCAUGGGCAUCUUGCUCGUUUAUGAUGUCACUGAUGAGGCAUCUUUCAACAAUAUUAGGAAUUGGAUUCGCAACAUUGAACAACAUGCUUCUGACAAUGUAAACAAGAUACUUGUGGGCAACAAGGCUGAUAUGGAUGAAAGUAAAAGGGCCGUGCCUACCUCGAAAGGUCAAGCUCUUGCUGAUGAGUACGGCAUCAAGUUUUUUGAAACCAGUGCAAAGACAAACAUGAAUGUGGAAGAGGUUUUCUUUUCAAUAGCAAGAGAUAUUAAGCAAAGGCUUGCUGACACAGAUUCUAAGGCCGAGCCUCAGACUAUCAAGAUUAACCAACCAGACCAGGGUGCCAGCGGGGUAGCUGCUCAAAAAUCUGCUUGCUGUGGUUCAUGAAAAAAUUGAAUCUUGGGUUAGAGGGUGCAGAUUCAAUCAACACUUGCCCUUAUAUGGGUGUUAUAGUUAUUUUGAUGAGUUUAGAAGUGGGAGCAUGUAUUUGUCCUUGUAUUUCCCAACUGCAAAGAUUGUGUUUUGAAGUUAGUGUUUUAAAAUUUCAAUUACUUAGUUGUUGGAUUUGUUGUGAUUAGUUCAUUUACUCGACUCUCCUCUUUCAUUUGUACUCUUAAAGAAAUUAUCCCUCGAUUGGAUUGAGAUUGAUUAUUAGAAAAA